AUGUCGCCUAUUGUGCUAGAUACGCCACCUGCCAAUGAAGGCCUUGGUGAGCCCAUUGCCAUCUGUGGAAUUGCCUGUCGUCUACCAGGAGAGGCCUCAAACCCUCGUGCAUUUUGGGAUUUGAUUUCCAGUGGCAAAUCUGCUCAAUGCAAGGUCCCCAAGUCGCGCUUCAAUGUCGAUGGCUUCUAUCAUCCCCAGGGUAUGGACCGCCCUGGAAGCAUGAUUACAGAAGGUGGCUAUUUCCUUGAUGAGGAUGUGCGAGAGUUUGAGAACAGCUUCUUUGGGAUCAACAACCUCGAAGCCACAUAUAUGGACCCCCAACAACGAAAGCUGUUGGAAGUGGUAUAUGAAUGCAUGGAAAAUGCAGGAAUCUCUCUGGAUCAGGCAUCUGGAUCAAACACAGGAUCUUAUGUCGGCAAUUUCACUGUCGACUAUAUGGUGAUGCAGCUGAAGGACCCUGACUAUCUGAGCCGUUACUCUGGAACUGGUCUGGGUACCACCAUUUUGGGAAACCGUAUCAGUCAUGUCUUCAAUCUUCUGGGACCUAGUCUUGUUCUUGAUACAGCCUGCUCCUCAUCCCUAUACUGUCUUCACAUGGCAUGUGCAGCCCUGGAGAACCGCGAAUGUGAUGCAGCCAUUGUCGCUGGCGCCAAUCUCAUCCAGUCCGCCGAGCAACACAUUGCUACAAUGAAAGCCGGUGUCCUCUCUCCAACAUCAGCCUGUCAUACAUUUGAUACCUCUGCUGAUGGCUAUGGCCGUGCGGAUGGUAUUGGAGCUUUGUAUGUCAAAAGACUCGAAGAUGCCCUCCGGGAUGGUGACCCAAUCCGGAGUGUGGUUCGUGGUUCAGCGAUCAACGCAAACGGUAAGACUUCUGGAAUCAGUCUGCCUAGCGCUGAUGGUCAGGAGGCUGUUAUCCGAAAGGCCAUGGCUAAGGGUGGCAUUGUUCCCGACGACAUUACAUUUGUCGAAUGUCAUGGAACAGGCACCAAAGUUGGAGAUGCCAUCGAGGUUGAGGCAUUGGCACGGGUCUUCCACCGCACGCCAGAGAACCCACUUAUGAUCGGAUCAGUGAAAAGUAAUGUCGGACACUCCGAGGCGGCGAGUGGAAUUUCCAGCGUGAUCAAGUCCACCUUGGCCCUUGAACGCGGUCAAAUCCCACCCACUCACGGCCUAAGGAACAUCAAUCCCAAGUUGAAGGUCGAGGAGAGAAAUAUCAAGAUCCCAACUGAGUUGACGGCUUGGCCUAGCCGCUCGUCUCGGGCGAAGCGUAUUGGUAUUAACUCCUUCGGUUACGGUGGUGCCAACUCCCACGUUAUUCUGGAGGAGCCUGCCCAGCAUCUGAGCUCAUCUCGUCAGCUCAGACAAUUGCCCAUCACCCAGUCUACCGUUAUCCUACCUCUAUCCGCUGCCACAACCGGCUCCCUGGAGGCUCGCGUAGCGGAUUUUGCACAGUAUGACUUUGGUGAUACCGAUAUUUCCGACCUCGCGUACACACUGGGCUCCAGACGUACUCACUUCCCCGUGAGAGGCUUUGUCCUGGCUCCCCGAUCGGAGGAAAUUUCCAAUACUUUCCAGACACGCACCUUCGUAACAUCACCCAACGCAGUCACGUCUGUUUCAACUGCUCCGUUUGCCUUUGUUUUCACCGGACAGGGAUCUCAGUGGGCCGGCAUGUGCCGUGAGCUCUUCGCCGAAUUUGCUGUUUUCCGGGAUACCAUCACGGAGAUGGACUCAGUCCUUAAGGCACUCCCAGAAGCGCCCGAGUGGUCGCUGAAGGAGGCUAUUUUGGAUGUAACCAACCCAGACCUGAUCCAUCUACCAGAGCGCUCCCAGCCAUGCUGUACUGCGAUCCAAGUUGCCCUUAUUCGUCUUCUUUCUUCUUGGGACAUUGCCCCCACAAUGACAGUUGGCCACUCUUCGGGUGAAAUCGCAGCUGCCUUUGCUGCAGGCCAUGUCUCUGCUGCUGAGGCAAUUGUGAUUGCCUACUACCGUGGAUACUGCGUCUCGAAGUCUACUAAGAUCGGUGCCAUGAUGGCCACCGGCUUGUCUGAAGGCGAUGCCGCCGAUGAGAUCUCUGAAGCUGGACUGGAAGGUCAGAUCAGAGUGGCGUGUGUCAACUCUCCGGAGGGUGUCACCAUCUCAGGUGAUGAAGGUGCAUUGGAUACCUUCUUGGCUGCUAUGCAACAGAGAAGCAUUUUCGCACGCAAGCUGAAGACAGGUGGCCAGGCCUACCACUCCCACCAUAUGGAGGCUAUUGGAGAAGAGUACCAGGGCUUGUUGGAUCGGGUCCUUCCCACUCUGAGUGCCUCUAUCCGACUGCCUCUGGGCGCCUCUGUGAUGUCUUCAGUGACCGGUGAGCUCAAGUCAUCUGGAUUCACAGGCAGUUACUGGAGAAGCAACCUGGAAAGCCAGGUGCGAUUCGCUCACGCGAUUGAGAAGAUCAAUGAGAUUUCAGAGCACUGCUUCAUUGAGCUUGGCCCUCACUCUUCUCUGGAGCUGCCAAUCAAGCAAACCUUGGCAAAGUCUGGCGCAGAGCUCAAAUAUGCUGCCCCAAUUAAGCGCAACGUGGACUCCGUUGGAAGUAUCCUAAACUUUGCUGGAAGUCUUUGGCUUAAGGGAUAUGAGAUCAAUUGGGCGAAGAUCAAUGGCCUUCAGACAGGCGCGAAGACUUUGCGCUCUUUGUACCGCGUGGUCACAGACCUUCCUCCAUACCGCUUCACUUACGAGAACCUCCUCUGGAACGAAUGCCGCGCCAGUUCUGAAUACAGACAGCGCACUUAUCCACGCCAUGAACUCCUGGGCAGUCUGCUCACUGGUGGAAAUGGCCGCGACAUGAUCUUCCGCAAUGUCCUCAAGGUGGAUGAUGUCUCCUGGCUCAAGGACCAUAGACUUGGCGAGACAGUCGUUUUCCCUGGUGCAGGCUAUUUGGCCAUGGCAAUUGAGGCUGUCAUGCAAGCCACAGACGCCGACCGCACGGAGAAGCCCGCAUUUGAGUUCUCCAACGUCAACAUCACCAGUGCGUUGACCUUGAACACUGAAUUCUCAGUGAAUGCAGAGAUCUUCACCUCUCUACACAAGUCUGCCAUUACCAACGCCGCUACGUCAGCCACCUGGUGGGACUUUGUCAUCUCAAGCUACGAUAACAACAAGUCCACUGUACAGCACGCUUCUGGAUCGAUCGCUAUUCAGGCACGAAAGGCAGUUCUGCAGUCAAAGUAUCAGCCACCAAGCGAUGCACUUGAGUCUACCGCAAAGCGUACCUGGUACGAAAAAUUCGUCAAGCAGGGGUUGAACUAUGGCCCAACCUUCCAAGUCAUUUCCGAAUUCUACACCCCACGUAUGAAGUUGGAUUCCUUCGCUAGCGCCAAAGCCCCUCUGUUGACAUCGAGCGGCGAUGCACUUUCGGUAUACCCUGUGCACCCAAUCCUUUUGGAUGGCAUGAUCCAACUGGCUGUUGUUGCAGCGACAAACGGCAAGCCAAAGGAGUUGCGUGCCCAGAUCCCCACGAGACUGCCCUCGGCAGUCGUGCACACUGCGACUCCCACUGAUGAUACUUGCGAAAUGCACUCAGUGGUCAAGCGGACUGGAUUUGGAUACUCUCAGGCCGGUAUUGAGAUGGUCAACAGCGAUGGACAAAUCCUGGCCCAGUUCGAUGAUAUGCGACUCGCCCCGUAUCAAUCCGCCAAUCAAGCCGAUGCGGAAGACAUGCGUCAUCCAGUUCUUCGAGUUCUUUGGAAGCCUGACGUAUACGGACUGGGGCUUAUGACUGCAGAUGAGGCCCAGAACCAUCUCCAGAAGUUUGCUGACGAGGCCCACUCACCGGUUUCGGGCCCCCUCCUCAAGCUGGGCGCUAUGCUGGAUCUUCUGGCGCACAAGAAUCCCCGCAUGCGUGUUCUAGAAAUUGGAAACGAUAUCCAAGACAUCACGCUGGCCGUAUUGGACCUUCUGUCCUCACAGGGAAGCUUCAAGCGACUGACCACAUACAGCACAGCAUCUAUUGCUGAAGAUGGCACUAUUUUGGGAGGUCCCGUAGACCUCGAGACCGGGGAGCGCUCCUCCAGCCCCACCAAAUUGGACCAAGAAUUUGACCUCAUCCUGAUUCCAACGCUGAAUGAGGGUAUUAGCCGGGCUGUGGACGCCUUUACUGCCUUGAUGGCCGACGAUGCAACCGUCUUGGCCCUAGGCUCUGAAUCUUCAGUCAGCUCUCUUGCCUCAAGUGGCCUGGAGUCUCUGCCAGUAAACCUUGCUGGAGAUAAUUCCACCCUUCUUGUUGCACGGAAGGCACAGAAAUCGCAACAGGAGUUACUCCAAAAGAACAAAUUCCUCAUCGUUGAGCGAGAGAAGACGACACUUGGAUCUGCACUGGCGGAUGCCCUGAGACCCAUUCAAGGACACUGGGUGCAGCGUGUCCGACUGAAUGAGCUUACACCAGAGCUUGUCCCGAGCGGAACAACGAUCUUUAACCUCUGCGAGGCCAAGUCCCCCCUUCUGGCUCUCAUCUCUGAUGAGGAUAUGGCCGGCGUCAAGGUCAUGACCGACAAUGCGGGAUCAUUGGUUUGGGUUACCAGCGGUAACAUCAUGCAUGGUGGCAAGCCAGACUUUGCUCUUAUCUCUGGUCUGUCCCGAGCAUUGAUGCUUGAACAGCCCUCUCUCAAGCUGUACACCUACGAUAUUGACGAGCCUGAGAGCUAUGUUCAUGAGACUGCGCAGCGCCUCAUCUCUCUUCUUACCCAGACCAGCAGGAAGCCAGAUCUUGAAUUCGCCCAGCGCAAGGGCGUUCUUCAUGUCUCUCGGUUCACCCCCGAUGACAGCAUCAAUACCCUUUUCCGCAACAAGCAGGGUCUUGAGACCAUGGAGUCCAGCGUCCAAGAUGCAAAGGACGUGAGACUCGCCAUGGGACAAGCUGGCCAGCUGGAUUCAAUUUACUUCCAGCAGCUAGAGGCCCCCAAGUCAAUUGGUGCGACCGAUGUGCGCAUCCGGGUCGCGUCCGUUGGUCUCAACGCGAAGGAUUAUUACGUUCUGGUUGGACGAGUUGAUACUCCCGAUGCCACCUGUCAGUUGGAAUGUGCCGGUACGGUUGAGCAAGUUGGAUCUGCUGUGACUGACUUCGCUCCCGGUGAUCGUGUCGUUGCCAUGGCGCCGGCCCAUUUCCAGACCUAUCAAACCGUUCCUGAGUGGGCAUGCCACAAGCUUACUGAUACUGAGAGCUUUGAUGUUUGCGCUACAUUGCCCAUCGUCUACGCUACAGCUAUUUACGGCUUGAAAUACCGGGCACACAUGCAGGCUGGGGAGACUGUCCUGAUCCAUUCUGGAGCUGGUGGUGUUGGAAUUGCGGCAAUUCAAUUGGCCCUACACGCAGGAGCUGAGGUGUUCACUACUGUCUCUUCAGAGGAGAAGAAGAAGUUCCUGGUUGAGAAACUUGGAGUCAAGGCAUCUAACAUCUUUAGCUCCCGCGAUACCUCCUUCCUCGAGGGUGUCCUCAGCGCUACCGCUGGACGAGGUGUAGACAUCGUUCUCAACUCUCUGACUGGCGAUCAGCUCCACGCUACUUGGAGAUGUUGUGCGGCGUUCGGCCGUUUCGUGGAGAUUGGCAAGUUGGAUCUUACCUCCGCUGGCCGUCUUGAGAUGGAUCAAUUCCUGAAGAGCACCACUUUCACGGCCUUCGAUCUCAGCCACCUCUACUACACCGAUAGUGAUGAGCUUCACUCUCUGUGGAAGAGCCUGAUUUCCCAGGUCAUGACACUCUACCGUGAGGGAACCAUAACCGCAUUCGAGCCCCUGAGCAUUUUCGAUGUCAGCGAGACUAUGCAGGCAUUCCGUUACUUCUCCUCGCGUAGCAGAAUGGGCAAGGUUGCCAUUAACCUUGAGCGUGGCGAUUCCGUCAUUCCAAUCCAGCCACUCAGACACACCACACAGUUCGACAGUGAGAAGAGCUACGUGAUGGUUGGAUGCUUGGGUGGUCUGGGACGUACCCUUUCACGUUGGAUGGUCAGCCGAGGUGCCCGUAAGUUUGCUUUCUUGGGCCGAUCCGGCAUUGACAAGGCUUCUGCGCGCAACCUGGUUGAAGAUCUCGAAGCCUCGGGCGCCACUUGUGAGGUAGUCCGAGGUGACGUUUGCAGCGCUGCCGAUGUCGAAGCCGUUAUCACUGCUGGCGCUGCCAUGGGUGAGAUCGGUGGUGUUGUGCAGGCCGCCAUGGGUCUGAAUGAGGCUAUUUUCUCUGUCAUGUCCAACAAGUACUGGCAUACCGGUAUUGACCCCAAGGUACAGGGAAGUUGGAAUCUGUACAACAGCCUGGAGAAAGGCGCACGGGGCUCUCAGCUUGAUUUCUUCUUGCUCACUUCUUCCGUCUCUGGUAGCGUUGGUACUGCUACCGAGUCUAACUACUGUGCUGCCAAUCAUUUCCUCGAUCAGUUCUCCCGCUUCCUGCGCAGCCAAGGAUGCCCAGCUGUUUCGGUUGGUCUAGGUAUGAUCUCAGAGGUCGGCUACCUCCACGACAACCCAGAAAUUGAGGCUCUCCUUCUCCGCAAGGGUAUCCAGGCCAUUGAUGCCGAUGAGCUUCUGCAGCUCAUUGAUCUUGCCUUGUCAUCCAGUGCUACCAUGGGAAUUCCCCAUGCGCACGAUGACUCGGCCGCUUCCCACCUUCUGACCGGUCUCGAGGCCUUUGGACUGAAGGAAUUGCGCAAGAGAGGAUUCGAAGGAUCCCACCCAGCUCUGGACGAUCCACGUGCCAAUCUCCUAGCUAGCGCCUUGGACGGUGGAUUGGAGGACUCGUCGAGCGGGCAGCACGGAAGCCUACCCGCUGAAGUCACAGCCCUGGUGAAGGCAGGCUCCACGCUCGCUGAGGCUGUGCUGGAUCACAUCCGACGACGAUUCGGUAACCUCGUCCUGUUGAAGUACGAGGCAGUUGAUGUUCAGAAGCCUUUGCUGCAAUACGGCAUGGACAGUAUGAUCGGAGCGGAGUUCCGUACAUGGUUCUAUCAGAGUUUGGCAACAGAUGUGCCAUUGGUCAUGUUGCUAGGCUCAUCAUGCACGCUCGAGUCACUUAGGGAUUUGGCGAUGACCAGCUUGGAGGGAGUGACAGAGUGA